AGAAGUGCCGGCCAGUGAAGAUGAUCCUGUGGGCCGUCCUGCUGCUGUCUCACUGUCGCCUGGGUCCGAGUGGAGCUGCAGCAGAAAGCACAGGACUGGAGAGGAUAGGAACAUGCGGCACCAGGUGUUCUCAGGGUCUUCACUGCAAGGUCAGGCCAGAUUGUGAGUAUAGACACGCGUGUGGCCGCGGAAAUCGCAUCUGCACUCACGCAUGCACACGGCGCCUGAUUCGACACGAUUUGUUUCCUCCUCAGUGUCUGGCGGCCACCGACGCCCUCAACACGUCCUCCGUGUUCCACAACAUCAGCCUCUCCACGGUCAUGAGGUGUGAAGGGAGGCAGAAAUGUUCUCUCCACCUCAGAAUGGAAACCGUAUUACAGCUCGCCGAGCCCAUCCGCGGUUUGUCUAUUUGCACCGCCACUGCAGGGAUGAUGGUGAACUGCCAAAUCUUCAGCUUCACGAGGUCGUCGAGAGAGAGAAUGUCUGGAUCGCAGGUGGAAGUUGAACAUGAUUGCACUACCGUUUCUCCAAACCAACGAGUGCAAGUGAUGGUGAAAACUGUGCCGAGCUACUGUGACAUAACCUGGUCUGGCACCUACGAUGCUCCAGAUUGCAGUAGCGGAGAUUUGAGGAGACACGUCCCUGAAUGCAUCACUGGGAGGCUGUCGUACGACGUGAACCCCGAGAAGAGGGAGCUGAGCGUCAGUGUCUCCGAGAUGCUUGACGAUCACAACUACCACCUCCGCCUGUGCUACAAGGACUUCAUCUGUUCAGGCGCAGGGCCGAAUGCACUGAUAAAGAAAGAGGAACCCGUAAAGAGCGCCACCCUCCCCUACUCGCAACCUUUGCCCUGCCUCUGCAUCGAGGGAUGGUCUGCGGUGAUGGACGCCCCCAGAGUCCAGCUCUGCCCGUUCAAAGACCGGCUCGAGGAACUGUGGUUUGGAGUCGCCUUUGACCCACUGGAGGAGACGCUGUCCUGGGAGCUAGUCUGCCCAGUUCCCACUGGUGUGGCAUUGUGCCAGAAAAGAGGGGACGGCGUCUGCGUGGAUCUGCCCCAGGCCUUCCGCAACGUUACCAGUGGAAAGGUAGCCUUCACUGAAGUGGACCCACACCCUCAACUGUGCAUGAAGUUCACCGUGGGCUCUCAGUCCUGGACCCGCUGCCCCUUCGCUGAUGACCGAUUCCAAGCGUGGGAUGUGGUCGUGACGAGAGAGCGGGGUCACGAAGAGGCGAAGAUGAUGUCGAGGGUCCGCGCCACUUUUUCGGUGGGGCAGUGUGUGAAGUCGGCGGGUCCUGCUGCGUGCCACAUCACCAACACGCACACCGUGCACGCGGAGAAAAAUCGAGCUGUCAGUUUGAACCUGACUGGGGAACUAUGCAACUCCUGCGUCCAGGUGAGGCGGCUCGGCAUGAAGUACGCUGCCACAGUCGUUCACUGUGUUGAGUUAUGCAAUCAGUCCUCACCUCCCAGGUCCGUCGUCGUCCGUCAAACCUCUCGGGACAUGACCUGGGUCAUUGUGCCCGUUGGCGUUUGCCUCUCUGGCAUCAUAAUGGCCACACUGGUGCUCCACGUUCUGUUAACAGUGUAUCAGAGAAGGAAACAGAAAGAACAUGGAAAUGAAAAGCAAACGGAUCCGGCUCUUGACUGUGUGGUCCCUGCGUUACAAGCUCACCCCCACGGAGGGAUCCUCGUACCGGACUCGCCGCAGUGUGGGAACGCGGAGAAGGCCAACUUAAUCUCGCAGUAACUGGAGAGCGAAGCCGUGGUCCAAAGGCGACACGUCCAAUGUGCAGUCAUAAAACUGCAGAGGAAGCCGUGCACACUGAACAAGUUCUCUGUUGAAUGUGGUGUUCAAUUGUGGGGACAAAUAUUAAAUAUUCAAAAAGUAAUCUAUGUA